AUGUCAAAAUCUCCCGAGGGGGGCCUGCGCUCCUUGAGCGGAACAGAGCUGACCAUGCCCUUCAAGAUCGAACACAUUCCCGACUCUCUCAAGGAGGAGACACAGGAACAUUUUUCAAGAAGUAUGGAAUUCUUCAACAAGGUCAACAAAGAGUUCCAGAAGUUGCAGGAGCAGCUGCAACAAGUCACACAGGAGCGCGAUGCGCUUCGGCAGCAGAACAACUGUCUCCAGCAGCAGCUCGAGCGGGCCAGUAGCGAACAGACGGCAGCGAAGCCAGUCGUUCUGAGCCAGCCAACCGUUCUUCCAGCACCGACUGGGGCGUCGGCGAAGCCAUCCAUGGCCUUGGAGAGGGGCGAGCGAUUCGUUAUGGACAGGCAAAGCUCCAACCUUCACAAAGCUCCGGUCCAUAGUGUGGCAAUGAGCACCCAGCAGUUCAAGCUGGGCGUUGAAAAGGGGCACCAGGUGAAUGGAAUCGACUUCCACGAGGGUCAGCAGGAGAAUGCAAGUCGAACUUCCAGGGUGGCUUGCCGACGCUUCUUGGCAAUCGCUUUGCAAAGCGCCGUCGUCUGUGGACUAAGCAACCGCCUUACAAGGAGGGAGGCAACGCAGCAGGUGGUUCUCCAGCAGCCAUGCCGCAGAAGGAUCACGGUCCGCCGACGACAGAAUCGGCGCCGGCAUCGGCGAAGGCAAUCGAGCCGCUCCCAGUGGAGACCCCGGAGCCGGCGUCGCACAGAGAGGUCAAGGAGGAGCAGGCCCCGAAGAAGCCCAAGCGCGAGCGUGAAGAGAAAGGAGAUCCAGGAGUCAAAAAAGAGAAGAAGGACGACAACAGUACCGUCAAAGAGGAAGAUGUGGAGGAUCCUCCUGCCUCACGCCGCGCCCCGGAAGCGUCGGGUAGCUCCUCUUCCGACGUUGAGUCAGAGGCUGGUCCAUCCAUCCUGA